CUUUUCAUUCUCUGGUCAAGCCCUCUUUCUCUCUUUCUACUCACGCUGUCUCUCUUUCUCUCCUACUUUCUCUAUUCUCUCUUCUUUUGCUUCUCUUCUUCUUCCUUAACCAGAACUGCGAACUUUUCCUUUUUGUUUCCUUCUUUUUCACGCCUCCACACCAAUUAUUUCCCUAAUUCCGUUCAUAGUUUCUCUGUUUUUAUUAGCUUCAAAGUUAACUCCCUGCUAAAACAAAAACAACUCAAAAUGCUGCUCUAAUCAUGGGGCUAAAAUGCUCCUUUAUCCAGAGAAAAUCCUCCAAAUUAGUGAAAUUCAAAUGUUCUUUCCUCAUGUUCCAGAGAUUACCCUUUUCAGUUAAUUCUAAGCUUCAAUGCUGGAUCUGAAGAUUACUUCAUUUUCCCCUCCAGAUUCAUCUUCUCCCCUGUUUUCUCAGUUGUUGGGUUUUUUUUUUCGAAGAUUCGGGUGUUAGUAGCUUAAUGGAGCUUUAUUAGAUGAAGCCAUUACUGGGUAUUGAGAGAAUCCUGCAUGCUUCCAGAGGACAAGCAAGGCCUGCAGGCAUUACAUUGUCACAUACUCGGUGCAAUACAGCUCUCAUGAAGUGCUUCCAGGCUUCAGUUUUUCAGUUCUUUGUGAUAGUUAUUCUUAUUCCUCUAGCCAAUGCUGCAGACCUGAAUUCGGACAAACAGGCCCUUCUCAACUUUUCUGCUGCUGUACCCCACUUUCGGUUACUCAACUGGAACCCUGCAUCAUCAAUAUGCACCUCUUGGACAGGUAUUAUUUGCAAUUCAAAUGGCACUCGUGUGAUUGAGCUCCGGUUACCUGGGGUCGGACUUUUUGGCCAUAUCCCAGCAGACACACUUGGUAAACUUGAUGCACUUAGGGUUCUAAGCCUCCGAUCCAAUCUACUCAGUGGUAAUCUUCCAUUUGAUAUUACUUCUCUUCCAUCACUCCACUCCCUUUACCUCCAACACAAUAACUUUUCUGGUGCAAUUCCUACCUCGUUUUCCUUGCAACUCAAUGUGCUGGAUCUCUCAUUUAAUUUUUUCUCCGGCAACAUUCCUCAAUCAAUUUCAAAUUUGACACAACUCACUGGUUUGAGCCUUCAGAACAACACCCUUUCUGGACCCAUACCUGAUCUUAGCCACAGUAAGCUCAGGCAUUUGAAUUUAAGCUACAAUCACCUUAAUGGCUCCAUUCCUGUAUUCCUUCAAAAGUUCUCCAAUUCAUCCUUCAUCGGAAACUCUCUACUAUGUGGACUUCCUCUUAGUCCUUGCUCCCCUGUUCUCCCUCCUCCUUCACCCCCUCCAGCUUUUUCUUCCCCACCAGCAAUCCCUCAUAAGCGAGGUUCAAAAGCAAAACUGACAUUGGGAGCUAUCAUUGCCAUUGCUGUUGGAGGGUCUGCAGUGCUGGUUCUUGUUGUUUUAAUUAUUUUGUGCUGCUGUUUGAAGAAAAAGGAUAAUGGAGGCAGUAGGGUGUUGAAAGGGAAGGCUGUUAGUGGUGGGAUGGGUGAGAAGCCCAAAGAGGAGUUUGGGAGCGGAGUGCAAGAACCUGAGAAAAACAAGUUGGUGUUCUUUGAAGGCUGCUCUUACAAUUUUGAUCUUGAGGAUUUGUUAAGGGCUUCUGCUGAAGUACUAGGAAAGGGUAGCUAUGGAACUGCCUACAAGGCUGUCUUGGAGGAAUCGACGACUGUGGUAGUGAAAAGGUUGAAGGAGGUAGUGGUCGGGAAGAGGGAAUUUGAACAGCAGAUGGAGACUGUGGGAAGAAUUGGCCAGCACCCAAAUGUUGCACCACUCCGUGCUUAUUAUUACUCAAAGGAUGAGAAGCUUCUAGUGUACGACUACAUCUCCGGUGGCAGCUUAUCUACACUUUUGCACGGAAAUAGGCAAGCCGGCAGAAGUUCACUAGGUUGGGAAAGUAGAGUAAAGAUUGUUCUUGGAACCGCACGAGGCAUCGCCCACCUGCAUUCUGCAGGCGGUCCGAAAUUCACUCAUGGAAACAUAAAGUCCUCAAAUGUGCUACUCAACCAAGAUCAAGAUGGGUGCAUCUCUGAUUUUGGGCUGACCCCUCUAAUGAAUAUUCCUGCAACUCCAUCUCGGAAUGCAGGCUAUCGUGCUCCUGAAGUGAUCGAAACCCGUAAAUACACUCACAAAUCAGAUGUCUACAGCUUUGGUGUUGUCCUGCUAGAGAUGCUGACUGGAAAGGCUCCACUUCAAUCACCAGGACGAGACGACAUGGUUGAUCUCCCUCGGUGGGUUCAGUCGGUUAUAAGGGAAGAAUGGACAGCUGAGGUUUUUGAUGUUGAGCUAAUGAGAUAUCAAAAUAUUGAGGAAGAAAUGGUUCAGAUGCUGCAAAUUGGGAUAGCUUGUGUAGCAAGGGUUCCAGACAUGCGACCAACUAUGGAUGAAGUUGUUCGAAUGAUCGAAGAAAUAAGACAAUCUGACUCGGAGAAUAGACCAUCUUCUGAAGAGAACAAAUCUAAGGAUUCAAAUGUGCAGACUCCAUGAUUGCCCAAAAAUUGCUGUUUGAGUUCAAGGUCAAGCACAUGCCUAGUAAGGUUUCCCAGGCAUUUUUCAAAGUCUUAUGUGCAUGUGUGGUUUCUUAGUGUGAAUUUGUCCAUUUUUUUUUUUCAAGUUCAAUUUUUCUCAGAUUUGUAGUCUUGUCAUUAUUUUUUGGGUUCAUUUUGAUUAGGGUUUAGAGUUUCUGCUGAUUUUUUGUAAUUGGUGAUUCAACAUUAUGAAUGAAUUGAUAACCUCGAAUCAAUAACUUUCAAAUAUUCCCCUUC